GAUCUACACAUGGGGCAACCUUUAAGUGUAGGCUAGUCUGUGGUUGAUGUAAAAAAAAUGUAGUUAAACAUUGGCUAUGGUAGGUGGUAUCAAAAUAAUUGAUAAAACAAUCAAAAUAUAAUAUGUAUACUGUGUAGAUAGCAUGUAUCACACAGUAUUGGAUAUAUUUAUGUGUUGCAUACUCAUAUGUGUACAAAUUUGUAAAACGUAAUACUACUAAUAUUGAAUAAAUAACAAACUUGUCCAAUUACAUACUCGUAUUGUACCAAUUGAUUAUCAAAAAGAAAAACAUUGAAGCAGAGUUCGUUAAAACCAUCGAGUUUGAUGAAGUGAUUGACAAGUUUGCUUCAACAAAAGCCAGAAAAAUAUGCAUCCAGUAUGAGCUGUAUGCUAGUAGUAAGUACAAUUCAUUAUGGUUGAUCUAAAUAUGUUGGAGAACUUUUCAUUAUUGAUUCCAAGCAAAGAUUUUAAAACUUGGAAAGGACAUAUAUUGUUAAAUGUGUAUAGUAUUUACGUAGAGAUAUCUUGCCCUAAUAUGCCUUUGCUUGACAAUUUAAAAAUUAAAAUUCCAGAAUUUGAAGCCUUCAAUUUUUGGCAAUUUGAUUUGAAUGAAAGUGUAGAAAUCAUUAAACAGAAAACUCAUUCAUUGCCAGAGUUUUUAAAGGAAUUAAUUCCAGUUUUGGUAAAAGUUUGGAAAGAAGAUCCUUCCACAAACUUGAGAAACUUGAACUAUGUUGAUGAAAAGUUCUAUUCUUUGAUUCAAGAAGUCAAUUUAUAUGGUCAAUUUGUGCAUGAAAUUGACGAAAAUCUAAAACACAUAACAUUUAAUGUUUUAGAUAUGUGUAAGCACAAUCAUUUUAUAAAAAUUCUUAUACCUGAGGAAUAUCCCAUGGUUAAAAAACAACCAUUAUGUUUUGAAACUAUAAUUCCAUCAGUUGGUUUGAACUUACUUUUAAAGAUGAACUCUAUAACAAACUUAUUUGAAAUGUUUAAGAAGGUCGUUAAUGAAUUCAAUCAUUUUUGGAAUGUGUACAACGAAAUAAUUACAACCUGUAAUACUAUAGGAUCUUAUACUUUUAAAGAUGUUAAUUAUAGAAUACCUAUUGAUAGUCAUGUUUGUGUCGAGGUUGAAGUUGAUCCAUUAAAUCCUUUGAACUGCCCUAAAUUUAAUCUUCAUGGUCUUCCAGCUUCUAUUGAGAAAUUUCAAGAAAGAUUAAAUGAAAUCAAUCCAAGUUUGAUUUGGAGUACUGAAAACAGUUUUAAAGAAAAUAUUCUGAAUGUAUUUCAAGUUGCUACACUUCAGUUACAAUACAAAGAUAACUCAGAACAUUGUAUUGCAAGUCAAAAUGAUUUGAUUUGUUGUAUAUGCUACGAUCAAUUAGAUACAGCUAUAAAAAAGCAAACCAAAUCAUGUGCUAAUGAUAAAUGUGACGCAUUGUAUCACAUGUCAUGUAUUUGUGAGUGGUUACUGAAUUCUGGUAGUACACCAAUGUUUGAACAUUUGCAAGGAAAAUGUCCUCAAUGUGAAGAAGACAUGCUGGUAGCUUUGGAAAAUUUUGAUUUGAUUAAAACUUGAAUUUAUGCAACAUUAUAUUUGGAAAUAUUCUGAGAAAAAUAUUAAAAAGAGUGAAUUCUCAAAUCAUCAGUCAAAACACAUGUCACUUGACAUUGAUUAUGAAAAUCCAAACAAAAAAAUAUUUGAAUAUCACAUGAAGAUUACAUAAUAAUAGUACUUUUAUUCCUGCUAAUUUUGAACCAUCUCUAAAGUUGAUCUCAUUUUUAAAAGUAUUGAAAGUAAAGUAAAGAACAAAUUAUGAAUUUUGAACAACAAUAAUUAUGUUACUCCACUAAUAUUGAACAUAAAUGCUAAUGAAUACUAUGGAGAUUCUAUAAAUAAAUUAUG